AGGUAACCGGAAACUCGUCCUUUCAUUAAACUUGCCCACUAAAAUUGUGUGUUAGUGAAAAAAUUGCAGGUACUUUUUAAAUAAUAUAAUUAUUACAAAAGUAUUUUAUGUUAACAUGCAAUAAAUAUAUAUAAAAAAGUGAUUGCAUAUAUUUCUAAGUUUUUAAUAUAAAAAUUAUUGUAAUUCCUUAUUUUAUCGCAAAAAUAAAGUGCUUUUUUAUCCUCGGAAUUCCAUGCCAUACUUUCUAAAUAGUAAAUAAUAAUAAUUUAAAGAGUAGGGCAAAUAAUAAAAAUAGACCCUUCUUUCAAUAGACAAUAGUCAUUAGUUUCAUGCUAAUAUUUCACCACCAAAAUUACAAUACAAAAUACAAUAACCCUUUUAACGUCAAUCAUGAUUCAAUAAUGACAAUGAAUUGAUUUGAAUUUGGAAAAGGGAAAGGAAAGGCCUUGCCCCCCUUGCCUUAUUAAUUAUUUAUUAUACUGCCUUGCCUUAGCCUUAGACUUAGUCCUUAGCCUGCCUUAGGCUUUUGGCCUGGCCUCAGACUAAGAACUAAGAAGACUCCACAAAAAAUUUACGCCUCAAGACUACUCAAGAAUUCAACAAUUCAAUAGUCAAUACACUAACUCUAACACUUAGUAAGUCAAAGUCACUUAGGCCUGUAAGCCUACUACACAAAAUUCAAAAUUAAAAAAAAAUCACAACACAAAUCUUCAUAAUUCAAAAUAUACAUUAAAAGCUAUUAUUACAUAAUACAGCAUAGCUCUCCAAAUCAAGUAUGAACUUCUUAAAUUUAUAAUUUUAAUUACAAAGUAUAAUUGUAUAAUAAAGUGAUACAUUUAUUAAGUAAUUCCGUAAAAAAAUUAUAAGAAUAUUAAUUAUUAUUAUUAUGUUUUUGUAGAACGAAAUUCAAAGAAAAAAAUGAAACCAGAAUCAACUUUCUAGCUUUAGUUGAUUUACUAUAAUUUAGUACUUUUUGAGCUAUGAAUUUUUAAAGUUCCGUUUUGUUUGGUAUUUUUUUACUAUGGUCUACACCUCCACAUUGUGUGACCCCAUUCUGCUGAUAAUGUUGUUUGCAAUAACUCUUGUUUUAAUGAUAAUUUUAUGCAUCUUUUAUUUUUAGAAUUAGUGCUGUAUUACAAAGUUAUUUUAAUAAUGUUAUGCAAUUAUAGAUAAAUUGUAACUUAAUCAUCGGUAAAUUUAAUGAGAAGCAGGUCUACAGCGUCCAUUAUGCCGGUAUAUACUAUUUUUUAUUUUUGCUGGCAUCCAUCUGUAACAACGUGACGAUGGUGUAGAUGAAGUAAGGGCUUAUUCUUCUUAGUUUAAGCUGGUUCCCUACACAGCAAAUCACUUCUCUCCACGCCUCUGGCAAAACCCAAGGCAACAUCAUGUUUCAUUUGGCUAAUGCUAUCUGCCUACGGGACUCCAUCUCCGGAGUUUGAAUUCAGAGUUUCCCUCUCUUAGAUGAGAAGCCAUCCAAGGUUAACGAGUCCCAUCCACCGGGGUGCUCGUGAUGUUUUUGCUUGAUGGGGAUUGAACUCCAAACCAUGAACUUGAGAUUGGCUCAGUUUAAACCACUCUGCCACCCAGCACUCAAAGCAUUUAAUAACGCAUCCCUUUAUUACUAAAAUAAAAAUACUGUUUGGGGACUACUUAUUUUAAACUUCCAACUUUGGCACAUGACUAAUUUAAUUAAAGUUAAAGCUUUCCCUGACCAAUGAUAUAAUUAGUUUUUUUUUUGCACGUGGCAAACUCUUAUGAAUGAAACUUUGAGGUAGUACUACGGUAUAGCCCUUAUGGCCCUUAUGCAAGUGGCUGUGAAUGGUUGCCCAAUACAGCAUUUUGCACUCAGCAAAUUAUGAUCAUUUAUAAUAUGGACUUACUCAAAAAAAUUAAGAUAUUCUUGAUUAAAUGCCUUCUAAGCUCACUCUAAAACAUAAAUUAUACAAAUAUUUGGAUGUAAAAAGUGGAAGUAAUUUAAUAUUUCUCAAGUAUGGCAUCUCCUGUCAUUAAAAAGGGGGCAUGGUUGAAUUUGGGCUGAGCAACCUUAGGAUAAUGCAGGUACUGGGACAAGCAUAACUAACGUCGGACACAACCUACAUCAAUGAGAACUGGCUCACUUAUACGUCAGUGUAUAAUGCUUAUUAGAAUUUGAUAUAAAAGUCAUGAUAUUUUAAUUUCUUCAAAAAAUUUUGAAGGAAAGAUGCCUUAUACCUUUGAACUUCUACAACUAAGGUCAAUAAAAAAAGGCAAAACAGUAGUUUGGAAUAUAUUUCAAGAUGUCCGCUUUUGUGAACAUGUGGAGGGAUACCACAAUUUUAUGACAAAUUAGUCCUUUCAUUAAUGGAAAAGCACCAACAUACAAAAAUUAAAAACUCGGAUUCUUCUGUGCCAAUGCCCAUUUCCCAUACAAAUUUUUAAGUACCGGUAGUCUCCCUUGCUUUACCGAAGUGCCUACAUUUAUCAUUUAGUAAUCAUUUCAUUACAUUACAUAUCAAAGUUACUAAUUAAAAGUGUUGACAGCAAAUUUGCAUUUGACAGUUUGUGGGUUAAAAACUAUAAUCCUAAUAAAAAUAAGUUGUUAAUAGUAAUAGCCUUUAUACUUAAAACUUCUCUUAUUUGAUUAUUUUCAUUCCUAAAAUGUAUUACAAAUUAUUCAUUAUAAACUACAUCGCUAUUUAAUAUGUAUUUCUUUAGAAUCAACAGCAAAAUAUUAAUUCAUAGUUGACAGUGGUAAGAUUGAUUUCUGGCAUCUUGUACAUAUGAGAGUGAUCUUUUGUUCUGGUGACAUUUUCAACCCCUCCCCAUUUCCCUUUUUUGUGUGUGUUGUUUUGCUAUUGUUGUUUUUAAUUAUUUAGCAACUUCAGUAUAUUCAAAUGGGAAAAAUAUGGAGGAUUUCUAAAGCUAAACUGUAUUCUCAUAGAUUAACUUAUAAAAAGUAUUAGGGAUCAAAACAUAAAUUUCCUUUACUUACCUUACUGCUGUGUGUGGCACAAAAAAACUGUUGCAUAAAUUUAAUUUCAUUUGUGUCACUGGAACACAAAAGUUUCCAUGUCAUUGAUGAGGAAAUCAAUGAUAUUUGAAUUUGUAGACCACAUGAUGCAGAUCAUUUUUCGACCUGUUUUAAGUGAAGAGAGUAUUUAAGUACCUAAGUUAGGAUAGAGCCUUAUUGCUGUUAUCUGGCUCUGCCAACUGAAAUUAAAGACUAAAAAAAAAAGUCACAUUAAAUUUAGAAUAAAAAUAAUUUGUUAUAAAAAUGUUUGAAAACAGAGCUUUUAUGUUUCUCUGUGUAAAUUUGAGGAGCCAGUAUCACAAUAAGGUUAGGCCUAAUAAAAACCUGGCUGGUUCCCACCCUUUCUUUGGGUCACGGAGCCUAUUACAAUAAGGCUACAAUCAUAUAGUCUGAUGCUAUUACUAAUAGAUAGAAAAUAUAGCUAUGAGCAUAGUGUUGCUUAUUCAAUAAUCAUUGUCUCCUUAUGUCUGCUUAGCUUAUUAUUAUUUGUAGCCCUAAAGCAUCAUCCCUGUAAUGUUUUAGAGAUUAACACUAAAUGAUGAAUGUGUGGUAAUAAAUUUCUUGUGGAUGUUAAAUGUAGUGGAGAAUACAAAUUUAUUGUAGACUCCCCAAACGCACCAUUCCAAUAGUUUUGUUAGGUUAUGGUAUUUGUUUUGUAAAUAAUGAAUCUUAGUUACUCAAAAUGCUUACAUUACCAAAUUACAUUUUUUUUUAUAGAAAUGUCAAGUCCAAGAGAUAUUCCCCAAAGUCAAGCCAUUAACAGUGCUCAAAUUUCAGACUCUCCUGGUCGAAAAUUUCUGAUACCUAGUCCUAUCCCUACCAGACGCACACGAACAAAGUCUAUGUAUGUAUCAAUUAUAAACGGAAUUGAUUUUUUAAAACUUAAAUUUUAAAAAGUUAUUUUACUUAUUUUAAAUAAUAUAUGUGUUACAGGUUAAUUAUAAUUAUUUUUAAUUACCUAGUACUGGUAUGUUUUUUCUUUGGACAUGAUCUGUUACUAAGAUAGCAAUGUUUGAGCUAUAUUUAAUAACGAUAUUCUGUUCCAAAAAAACCAAACUUUUCCUAAAUAAUUAUUGGAAAUCUGUUUAUUGAUUUUGAAAAUAAUUAUUUAUCUUUUUUUUUUUUUUAGCAAAGUAUACUCAAAAUGUUUAUAUUUAUCAUUAUUUCGGUGUGUUUUAAAACAUUUAGUGUAAAUUAAUACUCUAAUCUUCUUUCAUGAAAUGAAGCCUCCUGGUGUGGGUGGGGGGGGGGGGGCACUGCACUUAAGCAGUUGCGUUGAAGAACUGUUGAUAAGUUUUCAUUUUUGAGGAUGUUAAACAGUAAUCAGAUUUCCGGUUGUUGUUUUAAAAAUGAUUAUAAAGUUUUGUUUUUUGACAAAGAGAUAAUCAAAUUUUUCUUCUUCCUCUUACCAAAAUUACAAAUACGGAGUUAAAGAUAUCAACUUCUAAUCUUCAUAAUGGCCUUCAUAAUAGUAUUCCAUUACUCACAUUGCAAGGCUGUAUAAAGCAUAGCUUUGAGUAGUUUCUAACAUUUUGAACUUUUAUUAUAUUCUUUAAUUAGGAGAAUAAUAGAAAUCUAUUGGUUACUUUCUCUACGGAUUGGUCAAAACUAGAAAAUUUGCAUCAGGGUUAUUUGUCAGUUAUCAUACAUAAAUUUACCAUUGAGACCUAGACGGCAUUUUAUGAAUCUUUUAAAAUAAAAUGCAUUUGCUGGGUGAUUCUUUUUAAAAAAAACAACGUAUACAUGAGAUAUCCAUAAAAGUUCAACUGUUUUAUUCUGUGGUAAAAGCAUGCAUUAUUCAUGGUGGAAAGAAGCUGAUGGAUUAAAGGAUCUAGAAUUUUAAUAAAAUAGUGUCCAUAUUUAAAAAAAAACAAAACAACCCUUGUGAACUAUGAUAUUUUUGUCCUUGUGGCGAAUAGUACAUUUUCUAGGAUUAGGUCCACUUCUUAUGGCCACAGAAAACAAUGUAAGAGUCUAGAACUUAUAUGCUGUCUCCUAGCCCCUACAAGGCCGAUGUGUAUUUUGAAGUCCAAUAAUUAUGAGACGGUUAAAAACUGAAAUAUUUUUAAAAAAUUAAUAUACUGUGUGAAACACAGUGCAUCUCCUUUCCUAUAAAAAAUACUAAGAUCCAAGUUGAAUUCAUGAUUAGAUGAAAAAAAAUAAUAGAACUACAUCACAUAAUUUGACUGUGAAAGUGCUUGAUAUACUUUGUCUUUUUACAUUUUAUGGCAUUGUAAUAUUUGUUUAGACUGGUUUAUUUACUUGUUUUUAAAAUGUUCAUUUUUUAUAUACAAUUUUUAAAAUUUCAAUUUUAUAAUAAAUCAUAUUAAUUUUUGGGAAACAAAGGGGAAAAAAAACCUGUACAUUAAAGGUAAAUCUAUGUAUGAAAACUGUGGAGUAAUAAUACUAUGCUAAAAUACACACACCUCAAUUUUAUUUAAUUACCAUAAAAUAUAGAGUAUGACUUAGAUAAUCCAGCCUUAUUGUCGUUUGGCACCCUCCCGAUUUUCAAAUCCAGAUGUUAACAUGUGUUUUAAAUAUGUAGGUAAGGGUCUAUCAUGUGACUUGUUAAAGGAUACUGUCACGGUGGUAUCCAUGAACAUGUUUUGUUAUGUGCUUAGUCUUGUUUAGAGAUGUCAAUGUGUUCACUUUAAAAUUUAAGUAAGCGAUAUGUUACACUUCUCUCCCUUAAUUUCUUCUGAUUUGGCCGCCCAUAUUGUCGAAGGCUUACUAUAUCUAGUUUAAUUUUCAAGAUAAACAAAUAUAUAAUAGGAUUUCUGAUAUAAAAUACUAUGAUUAAAGAAUUUUAUUUUGUGGGGAUGAGACAAUGCAAAUUUAUCAAAAUACAUUCUAAAACUGAUUGCUAUGAUUAUUCUGAGCAGGUCAGAGCGUGCUGCUGAAGGACCAACAUACAAAGGGCUUGUAAAAAGUUUCUGUAGACAAAGGGGCCAUGGAUUUAUUCACCCUGAAGAUGGAAAAAAAGAAGACAUUUUUGUUCAUAUUUCAGAGUAAGCCAUCCUUGUAUAGAAAAAAGACAAUAGCUUAGGAUCAAUAUUCAUUUCCACAUCUAUGUUACUUUAGAAACAUUUAGUUUUAAAUUUAACUCAUCAAGCCAUCUAUUUCUUUAAGAAAAAAAUGUGUGAAUGUUACUUAUCCACAAGUGAAAUCUAUUAACGAUCUGAUCAUAAUCUUUGUAGUUUUCACAAAGUUGUCACAACCCUCAUUAAAUAUGAUAGGUAACCAGUCAGCAUCUUCUUACUGCCUACAUAGGUAUGACUACCAAAUAAAAUAAUAGUUGAACUAACAAAUAAAAAAAAAAUUGUUCAUUAUCAUCCUUGUCUCAAAACUCUGUACAGUAAAGUGCUAUUUAAAGUAAUGAUUUUUUUUUUUUUAAAUAUGAUUGUCAUGGAUUUAAAAAUUAUAAGAAACAAUGAUAAAAAAAUACAUAUAAUUUGUGUUCCUAUUAAUUAAAUAUUCAUAUUUCAAAUAAAUUGAUUUUUUAUUUUAAAAAGUUUGUUGUAAGUUAUUUAAAAUUUGUCUUCACAUAAGGGACACUUAUGUGCUUAAUUAUGUUGUACUAAAUUUUUUCAAUUACUUUAUUUAUAAAUAUAAAAAUAAAAAGUAAUUUGAAGAGUUUCACCAAUUAUAGGAUAUUUUUGGAGUUGAAUAGAAAAACCAAAUAAAAAAUGAAUACUUAACUAGCAAUCAACUUCUUUGAACUUACUUAUCUAUUUAUUAAUCACCAUUAGUGUAAAUUGCUUUUACUUUACAUCAACAGCAUUGAUGGUGAAUGGGUUCCAAAGGAAGGUGACCAAGUUACAUACAAAACUGUAACCCUCCCACCAAGAAAUGAAAAACUUCAGGCAGUUCAUGUUGUAAUUACACACCUCAAACCUGGUGUCUUACAUGAAAGAUGGGAUUCACCUGUGCCCACUAGCCCUGACAAAUUGGCAGAUUAAUAGUGCACUUCAAAGGAUUUUUGCAACAAAUAACAUUUUUUUAAAACUUUAUGAAAUGAAGGAAGAGGAAAGAACAUAAUUGUCAUUGACUGUUUAAACUAAACUGACCAUGGAUUAUUGGUGCCUAUUGUGAAGAAGUGAUUUAUUUGAGGGUUUACUUCAUGACAUUUAGACUAUACACCUAUAAUGCUAAUAUAAUAAAAAUCAAUUCCCAUUAUAAGUAUAUCCAAGAGGGGGAUUGUUUGUAUAAUUACUUAAUAUUGGUGGUUUAAGGAUUGUGGCAUCUUUUAAAUUUAAAUACACCUUAAAUGUAUUUUAGAUUAUGUUAUAGAAAAUAAAAUAAAGUGGGUCACAUAGGCAUAAUAUUUUUUUUUUGUUAAAUAUUAUUUUAUAAAAAAAAUAUAAAUUGAAAUUCAAAAAGUGGCGUGUAUGAAUGUUAGCUAUUUAAUGCCAACAUCUCACUAUAAUUGUUUAUACCAUUAUAUAAUCUUUGUAGAGUAAUGAUUUUGUAAAUAAAAUAGUUGAAAACAAUAUGCAUUUAUGUUGUUAAAAGGAAUUUCUGUUUCAAAUUUUUCUAAAACAGCAUGUGUUAGUGUCAUAAGGCAAUUGAUAAAACACAAAAAUUAAAUUAGAUAUAUUACUUUUAGAGUGGAAUAUAGAGUACCAGAUUUAUGGCAACUUUAUGAAAAAUGCUGUGUACCACCAUUUCAAGCUAUUGUGUAAAAUUGUUGUGUGAAGAAUAGUCAAAGACAUAAAUGACAAGUUUUAUUGUCUCAAUAUAAAAAGAUAGUAGGUACCGGUAGCUGGGAGUAAUUGUUUUGACUUUAAAAAUAUGUAAUCUUUCUUCAAUAGUUAUUUUCCUAUGUUUUAGCAUAUUAACUUCAGCUGUAAAUUAGAGUGACUGAUUUAAAUUUUGAUUUACACUUGCACGUAUAAUAAUGGAAGGGUUUUCUAUUUUAAAAAUUGUUUUGGAAAAUAAAACUUUUGCUAUAAAUGUAAUUUUUUUUUCAAACCUAUUUUAAAUCAGAAAGCAUGUUAUUUAAUAACAUUUUAGAAUACAACAGAUUGCUUGAACAAUAUUUUCAUAUGCUUUUGCAGGGAUGAUUUUUAGGCUUUUAUUUUUUUUAAUGCACUGAUUCGUUUUAAAAAGAAACCUGAGGUCAGGGUUAAUUUCCCUUUCAAAGCUUUCAGGUGUUAUGGAAAUCCAUUAAAACGCCAUUUUUUAACAAAAGGGCCCUACUUAAUAGUCUUACUCUUAUUCUUACACUUACAGUAACUUACAGUGGUAUUUCUAGUCUAGGUCAAUUUUUCUUCAUCAGAAUGACAAAAGACAUAUGUGUGAAGAAAUCAAUAAGAGUGCAAUAAAGAAUGACACUUAUUUCUGUCUGACAUGAUCUCUUAGUUUAGUAUUUAUACAAAUUAGACUUCACUUAUCACACAAUUAUCCCAUAUCCAUACUAUCUAUAAAUAAUGUGUAAGGUUUAUGAAACAGAAAAUAAUGGCAAAUUAUGAAUAGUCUAAAUCCCAUGAAUCCCAUGUUUAAAUGCACAAAUUUAAGCUAUAACAUGCCAAAAGGGAAUGGGCUUAAUUAAACCAUAUGCCUUAUGGACAGAAAUCAAUAAUGAAAGGGUUUCUUAAAAACAAUUGUCUCUGAACACAUGCACACAAAAAUGUUUAAAAAUUGUGGGGGUAGCAUAGUUUUUCAAUUUUCUUGUCUGCUAUUUUUUGGGCUUUAUAUAGCCAAAUACUAAUGAGUUUAUUACGAAACCAAAUUUGAAGCACGAGUACAAAUAAAUAUAUAGUUAGUUCUAUGGAUGCAGUCAAAUGUUGAUUCUUUUGGGCCUCUGCUGUGUUAUCCAAAGAAAAAAAAAACACUUCAAAGUAUUCCUUUCUUACAACAGAUGUGGGAACCAUCAGUAAAUGGAAUAAGAAUACCAAAAAAUACAUUGAAAGUCAGUUUCAAUUUUAGCUGUAGUUCUCACAUCACAUAUCUCAAGGAGAUUGUACUGCUAUUCAAACUUCUAUCAAGAUCAUGUGUGCUAGAAUCUUAUUACUAUAUGAUGUAUGUACAGAGAUUUUUUUUUUAAACUUGGAGGAAUAAAAGGAAUAAUAAAAAUUUACCUUAUGGAACAAACAAAACAAAAAGGCAAGCUUGGGAAUUGGAUUUAUGCAUCGGAAUUAAAUUUUCUUGUUCAAGUAAAAAUAUAAUGACAAGUUUGUAUUAAAGAGGCGUAGAUUUCUUGAGGUACAGAAGGCUGCAACAAGACUUGCUGAGGUUUUGACUGGCAGUUUAGUACAGAAAAAAAAAAAAAAGCUUGCAAGAUUGCUUAUGACAAAAGUUUAGUUGGGAUUCAAUGUAUGCCUGCAAGUGGUCAACUUUAAACUGAUAUAUAUCUAGUGAUUUUGAAGUUAGCUUCAUGUGCUGCAACAUUAGUCACUGUAGAAAAUAAUGUUUGACAGUGAGAAUUCAUUUUUAAUCUUAAAAAAUGCAUUUUCAGCUUAUCGUAGCUAUUUUUUGGACAGGUUUUAAAUUUUAAAAAAAAAGUAUUUGUAUUAUUUUAUAUUUAAAAUUUAACUAUUAGUCUACUUGUGGAAAAAAAAAUGUAUAAUUUAUAAUUCAUUUUAAAAUAACAUUUUUAAAGAAACAACAGAAGAAUUACAUUUUUCCUUUCUGCAAUCAUUUUUAAAAAAAACCGUAGCAUGUCUAAGCACAAAUGAACAUUGUUAAAAAUGCCAUCCAAAGAAAGAAUAUUUUAAAUGAAAGUCUUUUGCGAAUGAACAAUUUCAACUUGUCAAAAACAACAAAAAAAGGAUCACAUCUGUGCUUGGAUUUUGUUCCAUAGACAUCAUUGUUACAAUCUAUUGGGGUGUCUGUUAAUGUGCCUUUUGCAAAACUAAAUUUUCAAUUUGUAUAUUUUAAAAUCCCCAAUUAAGUAUUAAGAUUCUAUUGGUAUUUUUCUACAAAUUUUCCAAUUAUUUGUUGGUAAAUUUAGACAUGUAAAUAGUGAUUUAAGUGUUCAGUUAUAUUAUAUAUUACCGUUACUUUACCUUUUAAACAAACCUAACUUUUUAAAGCCAGCAUAAAACACAGAGAUGUACCUAGGAUCAUUUACACUUCAUUAUUCAUAGUAUUCUUUACAGAACAGUAUAUUCAAAUGUAUUCAAAGUCCUCAGUACAUUUUUUUUUUAGAAAAACAACUCUUUACGGGUACAAACAUUUAUGUUACUCUCUCUUUAUCACUGUAAUUUUGUCUGUGAGUGGAAGAUAUUUCUGUUAAUGAACAGCAAAUGUGCGGAAAAAUAUUGCCACUUUUAAUAGCAUUUAAUUACCAGUACAUAAAACCCAAAGCAAAAUAGCAGAGUGUAGGAAUUAAAUAUAUGGGGGAAAACAGUUUUUUUUAGCAAAGGUCUUUAUUUUGCAGUACCAUAGCUAAACUAGAUAAAAGGAGACAAGCUAUGAAGGUCAACAAGGAAGCACAAAAGUGAAACUCAUUAAAGAUAAAAAUUAAAACUUUUUUAAUUUCAGAUUUAUCUCAAUUUAAUUACGUUCCGGGUACUUAUUUGUAUUUUUAAGAAGAAAAAAUGUAAAAUGUAAACAUAAUUUAAAAAAACAACUUAAAUUUGAAACAUGUUUAAUUUGUCUAUGAAUACUCAUUUUGCACAUUUAACCAUAAUGCAGAUUUUUAAAUUCGGAUGCCUUAAUUUAAAACGUGAA